AUGACUGGCAAUGUGGGUAAACGGACUGCCUGGAGUGAACAGGUGAAGCUUGAUGGGAAACAUAAAGGUCCCCCUGAACAACGUGAGCCACUCAUUGCCUACAAGAAGAACAUUGAAGAAAAAGGAUGGAGGGAUAAUGGCAUUCGUUGGGACAUGGAUGUGCAACAGCUCAUCUCUUCCACUAAAUGGCUUCGUCUUCAUGGACUCAAGAGGAACAAGUUGACCUUUUCUCAGAUUUUAUCCCAAAUUGGAUUUCAGCACAGGGAAGAUUAUGUGUCCAUCUUGGGGAAAACUGUGGCUUCUCGAUAUUCAAACAAGAUGUAUCGUCAGUACACAAAAGCACAAGAUGGAAAGCGGUAUAAUCUGACAGCCACAAAAGACCUUCUCGUUCAUUUUGUGGAUUGCCUUACCGUAGCUAUUGACUUGUAUAAACAAAGAAUGGAAUGGCUGACCACAGAAAGCCGGCAAAUAUUUGGAGUGAUCCAGGAACAGUCCCUUACUGUAGUUCUGGAUGUUGGUGUUUCUUCUCGAGCUGAGUUUAAUCUGAGUUGUGAGGCGCUUUGCAUGGUCCUCGCACAGCAAGUGGCCCAAAUAGCCAAAUUUAAUCUCAUUCGGGCUACCGAAGAUCCUGUGAAGUGGCAGGAGAAAGCUGUUCCUGUGAGCGAGUGUUCCAUUAAGGCUGCUGUCGAGUGGGUCCGUACCCUGGACCACCUGCCCGCUGUUUGCCACACAGGCCCCAUUGAAGCUAUCUUGGAGGCAGUGUGUGACGAUACGAUAGAAGUGGUGUACUAUUUUGUUGUGGGUGAUUUGCCUGAAUGCAUGAAGAACUUGUUCCUGCAGAAGAUCUCAAGGAGCUCAUGCCCAAUCCAUACAGUGUCUCUUAAUGCCAAGGAAGAAGAAACGAUUACUUUCUUAAAGGAGCUUAGUAAUCUGACCCAUGGCAGGUUCCAUGCGUUUGCUGAAAGAACUGACUGUGUAGAUAUGACAGAAACGUCAGCAAGUUGGAAUGAGGAUGAGACAAGCUUGACCACCCAGAAUGCGAUGAAACUGAAAGGGAAGCUGCCUUUAGGAGCAGGUGUCAGAGAAGACGUGUUCUUGAUCUGGAAGGAGCUGGAGGAAGCUAGGAAUACACAGCUGCAAGUUCAGAGAAUUUUGGUGGAGUUUGAGGAGUCUGAAUCAGCUAAAGUGACCAAAACUGACUAUUCAUCAUGUGAUGUCCAGGAUACUGCGAGUUCCAAGAUGUGGCUUCAGAAGAAGGGUUUGAAGGCCCAGAACCUAAUGAUGACCAAAGCGUUUGGUAGUCACACCUUUCGUCAUGCAGAUGGGGUUGUUGACAUAAAAACCAAGCCAGAGAAUGAAUUUUUGCAAACUGAUGCUGAGACUAACAAGAAAAUAAUCCAUGCAAAAUACUGUGACAAGUUUAUAUAUAUGUACUUGCAAGAUGGGACUAUAGCCCAUGUACAUCUUGAGCCUAAAAAGUAUUUGCAAUAUGAAGAAAGAAUGAAGAAUGCUCUCAAUCAAAUGGAAAGCAGACUUCAGGAUCUGCAAAAAGGGAGCAAAGCACUCUUUGGGGAUGUAGUUGAAGAUAACAUUUAUAUUCUCAUUGAUACAUCUCAAUCAAUGAAAAAUAAACUGCCAGUUGUGAAGGAGAAAAUACUUCAGCUUAUCCGGGAACAACUACAAAACAAAACUCAGUUUAACCUUGUUAAAUUUGAUGCGGAAGUGAUAGCUUGGAAAGAGAAACUUGCUGACGUUAAUGAGCGUAAUUUGGAGGACGCUUUGCUUUGGGUAAAAGGGCUGGAGGUUGGAGGUUCUACAGAUGCACUGACAGCGCUGCGGAUUGCCUUCGAUGAUAACAAAACUCAAGCCAUUUAUCUUCUUACCGAUGGGAGACCUGAUCAGCCUCCCCAAACCAUUUUAGCCCAGCCUGAACUUGAGCGGAAAAUUCCCAUUCACACAAUUUCCUUCAACUGUGAUGAUACCGAAGCCAAUAAAUUUUUACAUCAGCUGGCCAAUGAAACGGGUGGACGGUUUCAUUACUAUCAUAUUUGUGUGACGGACCCUGAUGCUCCAAAACCUUUUGAGUGUGAGGAUAUAUAUCUUCUUAAGAAAGAGAUUGAACAAGGAAUAAAAGAACUGGAGAAAAUAAAAACUUUCUACACUGAUGACGUAUUGAUGGAUUGGUUUAAUGGCGCGAAGAACCGGGAGUAUAAACACCGCAGACAGGCUUUUACUGCAUCCACAGUAAGCACACGAGUUGAGGGUCUGAAUCCCCCAUCUCCACAUAGGCCAUAUUGUGCCUCUGAAGAGCCGGCAUCAGCUUCUCCACAGCCUGGUAUGGAUGGACGUCAGGCACACUUUGAGAGUCCAACCAGAAAGAAGAAAGCAUUAUAUGCAGAGCAAACCAGGAGCAGUAUGCUCAGGACUUUACGCUAUGCAACAAAGCCUUUUGAAAGAAGUCGUAAUAGGCCAUCUCCUGAAAGAAGAGAGCUGAAGACUCAAAAGCCGGAGAAGAUAAAGAAUAGUGAGCCUUUAGAUACUUCAGUUGAGUGGCUAAAGACUCAUGGUUUGGUUGCUAGGCGACUCACCAUAAUGGAUGCCUUGGCUCCAACAGCUGUUCCCCGCACAGCAAAAUACGUUCCAAUUCUAGACAAACACGUUGUUUCGAAAGUAUUCGAUGACGUCUUCCCCUUUGCUCAUGUGAGCAAUGAUAUGAAGUGUGUGACGUUGAUUAAUCCUCAGGCAGUAGAUCUUGAUGUCUACAAGAAGAAGCUGCAGGAAGCCAUAAAAACAUAUGAAAGGCGCCUCGAUCUAAUUGUUUGGAGAGCAUUAUCUCAGGAGGAAAAAGACAAGUAUGGACAGGACCAUCAAGUCUCAUACCUGGACAACAAGGAAUCUUUGCUGCAGGCUUUAGAAAAACUGAACUGGCCCAUCAGCUAUGAAGAUCUGACGUUGCUGGAGGAUGAGAUUCUGACAGGGCUGACAUAUAUGGAGCAGGCCACUGAACUCCAGAUCGCUUCCAAAGAGGAAGCUCAGAAAAUCUGCCCAUUUCAUCUCUGCCACAGUAAAGAGAAGAUCCCAGUGAGGCCACAGGUAAAGAAGAAGCAAAAAGGAAAAACGUUCGAUACUCUCCGAGGUCGAAAAGUCAUUGCAAGAUCAGAAAGCACAGGAUUUUAUUAUCCAGGGUCAGUAGUGAGGAGCAUCACUUCUUCUUAUGCACUGGUUGAUUUUGCCAAUGGGGUGACUGAGAUUGUACCACUGAAGUUCAUUUUGCCAGUUGGAGGAGCAAUGCCUUGCCCAUUCUUGCAGGUUGGCGACUAUGUCUUUACCCGAAUUAGAAAACAGUCAGGAGAGGAGUAUUAUGUGCCGGGUAUUGUCAUAGCAACACCUAAAGCUGGGGAUGAUGAUAAACUAUUCACAGUUUUGAAAUACAACAACAGAAAGGAACAUUGUGUACGAAAUGGGCUUAUUAAAAUCAGUCGCCGAAGGUAUACCUGUUCCUGCUGUUACAUAAACAUGACAAAGAUGAUGGAUCAGCUCGUACCAAAUGUAAAGGUUGUGAAGCAUUUCCGCAGAGUACCCCCAGCUGAAGAGAGAGAGACAGCAACAGUAUCUGUAGGGGGGGACUGGAACAGAAAGAAGAAGGCUAGAAAAGGAAGAGCUAAGAGCAAGAAGGAGCCCUGUAAGGAGUGGGCUUCCUCCGACUCCGAUGAGCAGUUCGCCUCCAGAAGGACAGCAAAACGGAGACCAAAAAGUUCAUCCCCAUCGCCUCCUGUCAGGGAAGGAAGUGAAGCCCCUGCUUACGGCGGUUCUUUGGCCCCUUUUCAAACGAGUCGCAGAUCUGUGUGGAUCCCUUUAAACACUGCAGAUUGCAAGCUGCACAAGCGUCUCCGUUGCUCUCGUUGUCCUUUGGAGCUCCAGGGGAGCAACCCCCAGCUUGUCAGCGUGGCUGUCAGCAGCAGCAGCAGCACCUGCUCCCUGUCCAGCAUCGAGAAGGUGGAAGAUUUGGCGCGACGGCUUCAGCAGUAUCACAUAGCUCAGAGGAAAGGCCAUGCUCCAGCUGCAAAGAAGGAACAACGCCAACUGUGA